AUGUUUAUUCGGAAGAUCGCCAACGGAUUUGGUCUUGCGAGUGCUAAAGGAUCAAAUAUUCCUUUAGAUCCUGGCUACUACAAAAACCGUAUAGGUAGUAAUAAAUUACCGGAUAAUAAAGAUUACCACAGUCUAAUUGGAGCACUUCUGUACGUGGGAGUGAAUACACGUCCGGACGUGAUUUCGAGUGUAUCAAUUCUGAGCAGAAAUGUAAGCAAUCAUUCUGAACUAGAUUGGUUGGAGCUGAAGAGAGUGGUCAGAUACCUGUUGAAAACAAUUAAGUACAAGUUGGUGUUGCGAGCUGACCGGAAAAGCUCGUUAGUACUGCACGGAUUCAGUGAUGCUGAUUGGAGCGGUGAUGUCUCCGACAUAAAGUCAAACACUGGGUACAUAUUCAAACUGGGAGAAGCCGCUAUAUCCUGGGCAAGUCGAAAGCAGGCGUGUGUCUCACUUUCAAGUAUGGAGGCAGAAUAUACUGCACUAUCUGAAGCGUGCAAAGAGUUGAUCUGGAUACGUCGUCUACUGAACGAUUUGAAAUGCACACAAGUAGGAGCGACAGUAAUGUUUGAAGAUAACAUGAGCUGCAUAAAUUUCGUAGAAGUGUAG